UAAUAUAACGAUAGACCGAGGCAUCAUCUCUGCGUAACUCCGAGUCCAGUCGAUUUUGUUGGUAAUAGGCUGCUGCUGUCGCUGCUAAUUUUUCCCGUAUAGUAUCGCGAGGCUGACAAGAGCAGCAGUGCAACGUCGUCGACUCGACGGCACCGAUCGCCGAGACUCUACCACUACUACACACCUAUAUACAUUGCUAUAUAACACUCACGUAACAUACAUACACGCAGAGCUCACGUAGAGAGGCUCGGACGACGGGAAAAACGUUUCCAAAGUGUGCAUCGAUAUAUAUACAAAUAUAUAAAACAUACGUAUAUAGCAAAUUUUGCGACCAAAAUUCGCCACACGUGGUUCCUACACGAAUAGAGUUAUAUAUAUCUUGUACGCGACAGCAGUAGCAGCAGCAGCAGCAGCAGCAAGCAGCUUAUAGAAGAAGAACUGCGACCGAACUCGCACGACCGAGUCGCAUCGUCCGAUUUCUUCGAGUCGUGCAUUUGCUAGCACGAUCACAUGUUCAUUAAUAUCGUAAUCAAUUUUCAACAAGAUGAUCAACGAAAUUCAAGCGGCGGUCCAAUUUCUGCUAACGCUAAUUGGAAAAAACAAAAACUAUAGUGCCGAUCAAAUGGAAUGCUUUCAGCGAAACCUGAUCGAAAUGCUGACGGAAAGAUUCGAAAAUCACUGGUUUCCUGAUCAACCCUUCAAAGGUCAAGGAUAUCGUUGUAUACGAGUUAACGCACACAAUCGAAGAGACGCGACGAUUGCUAAUGCUGCAAAAGCUGCGGGCGUACGAUACGAAGAUCUUGCUUUCCCACAAGAAUUAACCAUAUGGGUGGACCCGAAAGAAGUUUGCUGUCGAUUUGGGGAAAACAAAGGCUCUUAUUGCACACUGGCUUCGUUCGAUGAUGACAAAGAAAAUUAUGUUAGAGUUCUGGAUAAUAACGAAUCGAUUCAUUUGAUUGAAGAUCAAAGCGAGAAAUCCACUACGAAAUCAACAAGUUCACCUGCAAAACCUUUAAGCACAUUAAAUCAAAAUCAAGCUCUGUCAAGCAGUAUGGGUACAAAUUCAAACACUAAUAAUGGAAAUAGUACAGCUAAUAACAGUAAUAGUACUUCAAAUAACAACAGCUCAAAUUCGAACAAUAAGCGUCGUAACCAGAAUAGUCCUCGUACAUAUUUAAGUCGUCGUUUAAUGAAUCAUUCUUCAUACAUGAAUUAUGGUGGACCAAUGAAUUUUUCACCUUGGUUCAAUAAUGUACUGCCUCCUCCGUUCAUGGGUACAGCAUCGCCUCCACCAUUCAUCAACGGCGGUCACAGAGUAAACAAGUGGAUGUAUUCAUCAAAUUCAAAUGGACCAUCUCGUUUCCAACAUUGGUCUGCAAAGACAACUCUUAAAGUGUGA